UUUACCCGUGUACAUCGCAUACAUACAUACCUUCCACCCCGUGUGAUGUACAGCGUAUCUCGACGAUAAGUGCAGGAAUUUAGUGUAGGGUCGGAAUUGGAAGGGUAACUUCUCUGCUUAAUUUUUAGAACUUGUCGCUAGCUUUCAGUUACCAUGGGUGAUGAUUAUGAAGCAGAGGAGAGGGCGAGGAGGAGGGAGGAGAGGAGAAAAAAGAGGGAGGCUGAACGAGCGCAGGCUGCUGCCACCAACGGGUUUGAUAGUACAUACGGCAGAGAUCUAGAAGAGAUACGCAAACGAAGAGAGGAACGUCGGUCAAAGCUCAGGCAACCAGGGGAUGAGGAUGCCGAGACCAACGGGCCGACGGAGGAAACAGAGGAAGAGAGAUCGAGACGAGAAAGGAGAGAGAAGAGAGCGAAGGAGAGGGCAGAGAGAGAAUCAGCGGAGGCAGCAGAGGAGUCAACAUACAUAUCUCGUCGCCGUCGGCAACGGGAGGAGAACAACAAUGAAUCGUUGACGCCAAAAAAGAUUGAGAGUGGUGCCGUAGAAGACACAUCAUCCAGUCAACAGCAGGAGGAGGACGACACACAAGGGCAGAGAGAAGAAGAAGAGAGGAGACAGAGAGAGGAGGAGGAAGAGAGACAGAAACAAGAGGAGAGAGAACGUAGACGUCGUGAGAAGGAGGAGGAAGAGGCGCGUCAAAGGCAAGAAGAAGAAGAAGCGGCAGCAGCAGCAAGCAAAGAUGAAGAGAGACGACAAGAAGAGCAAGCAAAGUCAGAUGACGCCCCCGCUGCCCCCGCCGCCGAUGCGGCCCCUGCUGCAGCCCCCGCUAAACCUAAGCCUAAGCUUGGCGGGAAGCUGGGCAAACUCACUGCUGGCAGAAAGAAAAAUAUCAUGCAAAUGAUGAUGAAGAAGGCUCAGACAGACUUGAAGGUUGAAGCAGAACAGAAAGCCGAGAUGAGGAACAAAUACGUUGAAGAGAACGUCAAACCGCUCAGCAUCGACUCGCUGUCACGUGAUCGUCUCCGUGCACUCUGCGAAGAACUUACCGAACAACUAACAGACGCUGAGGGUAACAAGUUUGACCUGGAAGUAAUUAUACGCAAACAGGAUUUAGAGAUUGAAGAUAUGAAAGUACGAGCUAAUGAAGCAAGAGGCAAAUUUGAAAGACCAGAACUCAAGAAAGUUCAAAGGAAUUCAGACAAGCCAUCUGAUACGGAGCCUAAGUUUGAUUUCCGCAGCUUGAUGAAAGCCCUCAAGAGUGUCUGAUUAUGCAUUGUGUUUAGUGCACGACAUGCGUUACUAUGGCAACUAAACUAGCAUUUGAUAUUCAACUAGCUCACAUCGUCAUCUCCUUAUUCAUGUGCCAACGUCUCCUCCCGAACCUGGAUCACCAGACUUGUUCAGUUCGACCAAUCAGAUCAUCCAACUCAUCCUACAGAUGUCGUGUUCAGCCAAUUAAAUUCCUUAGCUCACAGACAUAUGUGGAUAACUGCAAAACAACUCCUCUACUGCAAUCUUUUCUUUGAAUUUGUAUUUUGAUUAGAUGUAUGACAUAGUUCCCCCUCUUACAAUUACAAAACAACUUGUUCUCUGCAACGAUCUCUCAAGGUUGUACAUCGUACUCCUUGGUAGUAUAAGGGUGCGUUUAUGCUCAAAUUUUGAAGACAGAAUGAGCGAUUUGAAACGCUCAUCGUAAUCAAAGUUCCACGGUGUACUGUUUAUGCUUACUUCUCUGGCUCCUCCAGGCAUGAUUCUGGCUCUGCAGCUGGAUUCGCAAACCUUCACUACGCAUGCUAUGUUGACCCCAUUUAAACGCGUUUACAAAUGAUUGUGGUUUUAUGCUUCCAAAGAAUCGCAGAUCCAAAACGCACCUUUUUGUGAGUUUACGAUCGGCGAUUACGAUCACCGUCUUUUGGUGAUUCUACAAAAAUGAGAAAGGACGCAACCGUGUUUUGAACUAAACGCGUAACAAAUGCCUCAUUUGGCCAGAAAAAGUUGAGCAUAAACGCACCCUUAGAUGUGUUUUGAGCCAGACGGGCAUAACUCUCUUUAUCCAAGACAGGAUUUACAUCCUUCUGGCUCUGAAUAAACAAUCAAAUAUUUCAUUAAGAAAUACUAAAUUACAAAAGUUCAUAAUUUUGCAGUUGAUACCCAAUUCAGCUGAGUUGUGAAUGAAUCACAUCAAGUUCAAUUCUUUAGUGGGUUUUGGACUUUGAUCAUUCACAAUUCAUCAAAAAAUAGGGAACAGCUUUAGGAUUAUAUUUUUUCAACUGUCUACCUGAAAAGCCUGUUGAACUUAAGUCUAAUUACUCUUAAGGGGGCUAAACCCGUUUGAAAUGAUUCAAGUGAAUUCCCUUCUUGGUCGCAGAAGGUAAUAUGUUCUAUUUUGAAAACUGUGGGUGUUACCAUGAUAACAUUUUGUGACAAGUAUGUAAACGAUGAUGUAUUUGCUUUACGGAGUAGAUUUUUUCUGAAUAAUAACAUAAUUAUGAUAAAUAUAUGUGAUUAUUUUGAAAGAUGUGAAGUGCCUUUUAGAGAUCAAUACACCCUUUACUAUGCAAGUAGUGAGUGAAUAGUCGCUCUCCAAAAUAUAAAAUUCCUUACAUUUAUAUUUAAAGAUGUAUCCCUCCUUAGUUAUCUUGAUAUGAUUAAAAACUCAAUCAUGAGAAUGAUGACAUUCUAAUAUCAAACAAGGUCAUCAUCGUCCAUUCAACCUGAUGUAUUUAGUACAUAGUCCUACAUGUAAAUUUCUCUUGUAUUCAAAUUUGAAGUAUGUGUACAGUACUUGUAUAUAUUUGUUUAAGUUGGAUUGGCUUCAGUACAAAUGCUUUGCCUAUUUAACGCUUUAGGAGAGACUUUGAAUGUGUUAUUCUUGAUAAUAGUCCCAUGUACAGACAAUGGAUGUAUGUUCAGUACUAGGAAUAUGGUGUUCUAAGGAACGAGUCAAUCUUCGGCUGCCCGCCAGAAGGCUACUACUGCCUUUGGAAAUUCAUCGCACUUACCACCUUCUUGCGGACAGCUGACAAAUUGCUUAUUUGGUUAAACAUCAACAUCAGGGUAUAUCUGCUUAAAAAUAAAGAAGGAUCAGUUGGGGAUCUUGCUAGUAUGGGGAAGCUGAUUCAGCUAGGGCACGGGGGGAAUGUCCAAUAGUUCUUGGUCCGUGAGUCAUGAAAGACAGGACAAAGGAUCUGUCCAAAGUUAGAUUGUAUGUUGUAUAUAUAUUAUCAUAGAUUUUGUGAUAGUGUUCAAUCCAUUCAUUACUGAACCCAUAUAUGUUUGAUGGAGUUGUUACCCCAUCCUGUGUUAAGCCUAUGGCAAUGAGGGAAUGCAGUGGUGAAUGGGUUAACGUCAUUAGAGCUCAGUCUUCUUGACCUUGACAUCAAGUCGUAUAGGUCAAAGGUCAAUAGAUUGUGCACAGGUCGAGUCACUUUGAGAUAGAAACAAAGAGGUAGUGGAUUUCAUGCUUAUACAAUUAGUUUAAUCGGAAGACUAUAGACAAUGAAAUAAGGUGUACAUGGAAAACAAGCCUAAAUAAAGAGGAAAAUGUGAUAUUUCUAGGUGAAUAGAUAAUAUCAAUUUGCUUCUGCUCUCCCAGAAAGUAAACAUUAGAAAAGCUGGUGGAGCUCUCAAGGAGUAACCGUUAAUGCCCCUGUCACACUAGCGAGGAACAACUACGGUCUGACCAAGAGAUUACAAUACACUGAUUGGCUUUCAAUAGGUCAGUUGGAAAUCUGGGUGAGGUCUGUUCGGCAGUGUGAAUGAGGUAGAAUGAGGUGAGAGAUGGGUGCUGUGAUGGAUGUUCUUGGAAGGGAUGGAUGCAGGAUAGAGUAAUGGGUUACACCAGCUAAUGUAGAUGUCCCCCUACAAAGUUGCUGGUGUAACCUUUGACCUGACCUCAUCUUGACCUUCCAUGACCUGCAUGACCUUCUUAUGACCUUUCUAUAGAGCAUAUUAAUUUUUUGAAGAAAAAAAAACGUUCAAUAUCAAAUUUGGAAAUCACUGGUGCUUAUUUCAAAAACAAAAAAGUUUGCAGUUGUUUUUAUUCCAUCUUAACACUUCACUUUGAUAAUUCCAUGAAGAAUGCUGAAGCCACAGGUUCAUUUUGAAUAUGUGAUUGAGUAGGUAAGCGUUUUGGAGAUGGUUAGCAACUCAUUGCAGACAUGUGAACAUGAUUAAACAUUCUCAUACUUCUAAAGGAAGAGGCCUGAAAGGUUGAAGGGGUAAUGUUCAAAGGGGGGGGGGGGGGUAUAUCCAGGUUGAUUGGUUACAAAUACUUUUUGAAAUUCAGAAGUUUAGGAUGAAACUAGAAAGUGUCUACUUUCAUUCAGCUACUAGUUUUCAUUAUAGAUUUUAUAAGAUGUAAGAUAAAUAACAGAUCUACACGGUGCUUUACUUAGUAUGUCUUUUCAGCUCUUAGAGUUAUUAACUUAUUCGUUUACGUCCGUGCACAGUGGGCUUUCGUAGGGAAAUAUUCUUUUUUUAGUCAUAAAAGUGUAGCCGACGCAAAUGUGUGCAUAGCAAAUUGAUGACGGAAGAAAAAAAUUAAAACUUACAAAAACAUUUGUCGCUUUGUAUUGUAGAAAUCUAUUUAUUGAUUAAUUUCUUGUUUUUAACUACCAAGUAUUUAUUAUACAUGUAGAGUUUUUGUUAUAAACACUUAAUUAUGCCAACUGUAUUAAUGAAAAAUGAGAAAAUGUGUUUUCCAUUGUAAUGCAAUAUAUGAUAUUUGUAGUAGAACUAGUUUUGUUAUAUUUGUAUGUUAUUGGUAUCUUGUACCAAGUUUUGUGUCGAUCUAUUGUCAUUAAUUUUCACAUAAUUUUAGUUUGAUAUUUUAGCUCAGUUUAGAAUGAUGUAUGUAGAGAGCUGAAUGUUUCGGAGUUACUAAGAGAUCAUACGAGUGAUUUUUUUUUUUCUUGACGUGAGCUGUAAUUUUAAUUGCAUUGGACAGAAACAUAAUUUGUGACAAUAUUAUUAUGUGUUUUUUCUUCCACUCUUUCUCUUUAAUUCUUUCUGAUUUUAUAUAUUGUAUUCUAUUAUCCUUGAAAAGGUGAUUUCAAACAACUUUUUUGAAUUAUUCAAUCAUUUUGAAAUGCACCUUCUGUUUUCGAAGAUGGGAAAGGAGAUUCAAUGGUCAGUUUUGUGAUGUUUUUUGGUCAAUUUUCUUUGAAAAGAAGAUCAGUUGUACAAUUGUGUCUGUUUGAUUGGUCAAAAGUUUCCUUUGUCUUUUAUGUGGCAUUUGUGAUUGGCCAAUCGUGCUACAGGCUUGGCCAAUCAGAAACCAUCUUUUAAAAUCUCCCAAACUAAAGUAGGACAUGAAUGAAACAUUCUCAUAGAUGAUGAAAACAAUGAUAGCCAAUAUUAUUUGAAGAUUUAAUAUUAAUUUGAGGUAGAAAUCUAGAUAAAGAAAGGCUUUUUGAAAGGAUAUCCAUUAGGAAAAUACACAAUUUUCUUUUGUAUUUUGAUUUCCAAUCAAGCCCAGUGUUUGUAUGUGUGAUGGUGAUACAAAGUAGCCUUGUUCCAAGAGGUAAUGGGUUAUUUCUGCCACUGGUCAACGCAUAAAAAUAAAGGUCAUGUCAAAUAAAUGAACAAUUAAUAAAAACAAUUAUGAACGCAGAGAUUGUAUUUUGCAAUUAAGUAUUUUUUACCAUCAUUAGCUCAGGCAAUGAAGUCUUUUUUCUUGCAACAAUUAAGGCUAACUCACAUAAUCUGUGAUCUUUUCCAUCACAUUUCUUUAAAUGCAAAGGCCUGUUUAAACUGGUGAGCAUAAUUUUUAAAUGUGAAAUAAUACUCUGAAUAUAAUCUGAUUAUAUUUAGAUUAUCCAGACUGAAUUGAACAUGGAAAGUCUUUUUUUGUCUUGACAUUUUGAAUCAGAAUGCAGAAGAUGGAAUGUUGAAGAGGAAAGCAAAACAGAUUGCUUGGAAAGCCAGUCAAAUGAUGUAUACACAGCAUAGUCAAUAAAAGACCCAAUGAUACAAAUCCA